AUGCCUCCCGGUGACGAGACCACCUCCGCAACGGCUUCGGCUUAUCCAACCGCUCCUGUCGUCACGGUUGCCCAACAUCGCGACCAUAGUGUGUUCUCUGGCAUGGAGGGACAAGACGUUGACGAAUGGAUCAAGCUGUUUGAACAUGCCAGCGCUAAUAACAGGUGGGACCCAACGAUAAUGCUCGCCAAUGUCAUCUUUUAUCUCGGCGGCACCCCACGCGUGUGGCACCAGACACAUGACGACGAGUUAACCAGUUGGGACAAUUUCAAAGAAAAGCUCAGGGAACUGUUCGGCGACCCCAUUGGCCGCAAGCCGGUCGCCCUCACCUCGGCGCCAUCAGUCUCGUUCGCCCCAACCCCGCCGCUUCUCUUCGCCGCCUAUCGCCUCCCGGACCCAGCCGGAAAACUAGGCAAUGCAGCUUUUGGAGUCCCUGAUGGCGAGUACCUCGUCACUUCUCUGCUCGACAUUCCAAUAAGCUGCUUCAUUUCGCCGACGAGCAACGUCGUGACGCCAACAUCAAAGGACUCAUCGUCCGUUUUGACCACUCUCCAGCCGACGCCACUCUACGGCUCUUCGUCCUCCGCGACGUCCUUGGCUGUAGAUAAAACUAUGGGAUCCAAGUGUCUCUUAACCUACGGUGACAGAAAUGUCGUCGUCGCUUUCGACGAGCCGUGGACGGGUCGCCAGUUGAUUGAGCGCAUGAAGGAACUGGAUAUGUUCGAAGGAGUUUGCUUCUCUGCCCUCGUCUUAACGCGUUUUGACGAAGACUUUCAAGUCUAUGUGGACGUCGCGGAGGAAGACGCGAUUGAAAAUAAAUCAAAAAUAAAAGUCAGAGAGACCAGCCAGGUCCGAAUAGCAGAUGUCCUACAAGAACCACAAUCGACGCAGCCAGCACGAGGCAGUGUGUACUGCCUUCCAGCUGUACCACCAGACAUCCUGAUGAUGGCACAAAGGCACCAGGCUGGGAAGCACUUUGCAGGUCGCCAGAGGAUUCUACAGUGGCUGCACCAUGACCUCUACUUAUAUGAUAUGUACCCAGGGAGGUUAUAUACCGAGGCAGCACGGGCACUGACUACCAAAUUCCCCAACCUGGCUGAUGCCACGGGGACCGGCUAUGAUUCAUGGCGAGAAGCUUUAAGGUACAAAGCUAAAUAUGAAAGAAAGAAGGUCCGAGCACUGACCAAAGAAGAUACCGAAAAUUUGCAGCCAAGAAAGAGGGCUGCAGUGGAGGAAUGUGCUGGCCCUGUACGGUGUGAAAGACCAUGUACGGCAGCUGCCAUGGCCGAAGGUGAAGAUGUGGAGUCAAUUGCCUCUCACAUUUCGGCCAUGGCGAAAGAAUCUUCAAAGGCCAGGCCAGACAUGGCCUACAUUGAAGAUUCGAUGAAGAGAACAUUGGCCACCAGAAGAGAGUGGGUGGCGAAAGAGAGCCCGUCUGUUGCGGAGAUGCUGGAGAAGUAUCCUGUGCUCUCCAUCAGCUCCAUUGUGCAGCUGGAAUUCAGGCUGUUAACAAACACUCCCAUAAUGCCCAAGCUGGAGCAAGUGCUGCAACCUGUUGCCGAAAAAAUAAUCAAGACAGCGAGGAAAAAGCGGCACACAGAAAAUAUUUUUGAAGAAUUUGAUACCCUAAUGAAUGCUUCCACCGAAGAUGCUGCAGGAGAGCUGACGCUCACUGCUGCUCUUUGUGUUCUCCCUACCCUGGUGAAAGAGAGAGUUGAUGCAUUGACCUGCCAUUUUGACCCUGCCAAGGUACAUUAUGUACCUACGGUGACGUUUGUUGGGAGCCUGUUGACGGCGAAAGAAUUCACCGUGCGUCUGGAGGGCAUUUCCAUUGAAGAAAAUACGCUGUUGGAAGCCAUUGCGACCCAAAUGGCCCUGUACUGGAUAAUUCGCAGCAUGGAAACGGGCGACUCUCUGUCUGUCGACGAUCUGACCAGCCAGUGUGGGAUCGACUGGGCUGUGCCAUAG